AGUAUGUCCUCGAGGAAUUUCCCCCACAGCCCUACUAUAGUUAUUCUCCUCAGGUUCAGGUUUCUGUUCGCAGAUUCUUUUCCCAUUUUCCUCCCAGCUCUAUCCACCAUCAUUCAAGUGCUGAAGACUCUAGACUCCGUACUCCUUCCACAAGCCAACGCUGUAUGCUGAUGAUCCACUGAGUGGAAACCAACUUCACAAGCUCUCCUUCCCCCGUCUCCAAGUAUUCUCAUUCUCCAUCAUUAAAUAAUGGAAAGUCCCUUCUUCCCCCUUCCCAUGUGAAAAGAAAAUCUCUGCCCCAAAGUCUUCUCUUUCCUUUAUUUUUCCGCUUCUUUUUUGGGCUUUCAUUUUCAACUUGUGUAUUACUCGUUCUGCGUUUAUGUACCGUGCUCCCUCUUCCGAAAAGGUCGUGCCUUUAAGUUUUGCUGCUCUGCUUUUGAGUCCUGUAAGCCUAGUUUCCUGGCGAAAACGAGAAAUCACCAGAAAUUUCACCUUUUCUUGUUGGCUGUGUGGGCAUGCCUGCCUUUGUUUUCUCAAGAUGCAGCACUAGUACUACUAAGAGGACCGAUUUAUUCUUUCUGUCUGCCUGCUGCCUUUGUGGGUCUGGAGUUCUAGGGACCCUUUCUUGACCAUUUGGUUGUUGUUGUUGUUUUUGUGGAUAUGGAGCUUCCUUCGUCAUCCUGGUAACUCUGUUAACAAGCGCAUGAUGAGUUCAAUUAUUUUAUGCUGUAGAUUGGUUCCUACGGGUCUUGAGUUGAUUUUGCUGUAUUAACUAUUUCCGUUCUCGGGCGCUUUAUAGUUCUGACGGUGGGUCGCAAUUGGGUUCCAAAGUGUUUUUGGCAGCGAUUUGCAUUUUGGUUCAGGUGUUCUGUUUAUUCUAUUCAUUUUCAUACCUGGGUUCUCUCUGAUUUGGGAAGAAAGGCAGUUUAUUUCAUUAUUUAGGAAGGAUCAGCAUGAGCCCAGUUUGGAUUUUGUUGAUAUCCAUUCUGUGUUUCGGAGCAUUAUCCGAAAGGAGUUUAAGACCAGAUGUUAUAAACGUUGGAGCUAUUUUCACUUUUAAUAGUAUUAAUGGUCAAGUUGCAAAGAUUGCCAUGAAGGCUGCUGAACAAGAUAUUAAUUCUGACCCAGGCAUUCUUGGCGGAAGUAAAUUAGCUAUAUCCCUGCAUGAUUCCAACUACAGCGGAUUUGUUGCCAUCAUUGGGGCAUUACAGUACAUGGAGACUGAUACCGUGGCUAUUAUUGGCCCACAGAAUUCUAUAAUGGCCCAUGUUCUCUCACAUCUUGCCAAUGAACUCCAUGUCCCAUUAUUAUCAUUCACAGCCUUGGACCCCACCCUCUCCCCUCUCCAAUAUCCUUACUUCAUUCAAACUGCACCCAAUGAUCUGUUCCAGAUGACCGCCAUUGCCGACAUGGUUAGCUAUUUUGGUUGGAGAGAGGUUGUUGCUGUUUUCAGUGAUGAUGAUCAGGGGCGAAAUGGUAUAGCUGCAUUAGGUGACAAACUUGCAGAGAGGCGCUGUAAAAUUUCUUACAAGGCAGCUCUCUCCCCUGACCAAACUGCAACUCGGGUUGAUGUUGUUGAUCAGCUAGUUAAGAUUGCAAUGAUGGAAUCUCGAGUGAUUGUUCUGCACACUUACAACAAAUCAGGCCUCUUGGUUUUCGAUGUGGCCCGUUCCCUUAAUAUGAUGGACGCUGGGUAUGUUUGGAUAGCUACUACUUGGCUAUCAACGGUUUUGGAUUCCAUUUCACCACUUCCUUCGAAUACCAUCAAUUCUAUUGAAGGAGCUCUCACACUUCGACCGCACACCCCUGAUACAAAAAGGAAAAAGGCUUUUGUGUCUCGGUGGAGCCAGCUGAGUAAUGGCUCAAUUGGGUUGAACCCUUACGGCCUAUAUGCCUAUGACUCUGUUUGGAUGAUUGCUUAUGCAAUCAAGGCAUUUUUGGAUCAGGGUGGCAUUAUUUCAUUUUCCAAUGAUUCAAAUUUAAAUGGUCUGGCUGGAGGGACUCUGAAUCUUGGUGCAUUAAGUAUUUUUGAUGGAGGAGAGCAGCUGCUCAAGAACAUAUUGCGGACCAAUAUGACAGGCCUGACGGGCCCAAUUCAGUUUACUGCUGAAAGAUCCCUCGUGUAUCCGGCAUUUGACAUCAUUAAUGUAAUUGGAAAUGGAUGCCAGCAGAUUGGAUACUGGUCUAAUUAUUCUGGUCUCUCUGUUGUGUCCCCGGAGAUGCUUUAUGCAAAACCACCUAACCGCUCAAUUUCAAACCAACAUUUACGCAACCCUGUAUGGCCUGGAGGAACAACUGUAAAGCCACGUGGGUGGGUUUUCUCAAACAGUGGUAGGCAAUUGAGAAUCGGAGUUCCCAACCGAGUUAGUUUUAGAGAUUUUGUCUCAAAAAACGUUGAUGCUGACAUGAUUCAAGGAUAUAGCAUAGAUGUAUUCAUUGCUGCUGUAAACUUACUUCCAUAUCCAGUUCCAUAUAGGUUUGUUCUGUUUGGGGAUGGUAGGAAGAAUCCAAGCUACGGUGAGCUUGUAAACAAGAUCACGACAAAUGCCUUUGAUGCUGCUGUGGGUGACAUUGCAAUUGUCACAAACCGAACAAAGAUUGUUGAUUUUACUCAGCCAUACAUAGAGUCGGGCUUAGUUGUAGUGGUUCCUGUCAGGAAGUUGAACUCGAGCGCUUGGGCUUUCUUGCGACCAUUUACUCCAUUGAUGUGGGGUGUUACAGCAAUAUUUUUUCUUAUUGUCGGAGCAGUUGUAUGGAUUCUAGAACAUAGAAUAAAUGAUGAAUUCCGAGGACCACCUAAGAAACAGUUUGUUACAAUUUUGUGGUUUAGCUUCUCAACUUUAUUUUUUUCCCACAGAGAGAAUACAAUGAGCACACUCGGUCGCAUUGUGCUGAUCAUCUGGCUUUUUGUGGUUCUGAUAAUCAACUCAAGUUAUACUGCAAGUCUGACGUCAAUCCUUACUGUACAGCAGCUAUCAUCACCAAUCAAAGGGAUUGAAACUUUGAUGACUAGCAAUGAGCCUAUUGGAUUCCAAAUAGGGUCGUUUGCAGAGAACUAUUUGCACGAGGAACUCAACAUCCCGAAUUCUAGACUCGUUCCUCUUGGUUCGCCAGAAGAAUAUGCAACUGCCCUUGAGAAACAAACUGUUGCCGCUGUGGUUGAUGAACGGCCAUACAUAGAACUCUUCCUCUCCGAUCACUGCAAGUUCUCAAUUGUGGGCCAACAGUUCACCAAGAGUGGGUGGGGGUUUGCAUUUCCAAGAGACUCUCCCUUGGCCGUUGAUAUGUCAACCGCCAUUCUCUCUUUAUCAGAAAAUGGGGAUCUUCAAAGAAUCCAUGACAAGUGGCUGGCAAAGACAGGUUGUAACACCCAGAGCAAUGAGCUCGAAUCAGAUCAGCUUCAGUUGAAGAGCUUCUGGGGGCUCUUCCUUAUAUGUGGGAUUGCAUGCAUACUCGCCCUCUCUAUAUAUAUCUGCUUAACUAUACGCCAGUUCACCCAACAGUUCCCCAAAGAAACUGAUCCUUCUGGGUUUGGCAGCUCACGAUCAGCACGUAUCCAAACAUUCUUAUCAUUUGUUGAUGACAGGGCAGAGCAAUCGAAGAGCAAGUCAAAGAGAAAACGUGAGGAAAUGUCAUUGAAUGGUAAUGGAGGGGAAGAUGAAUCGCGGUAUGGAUCCAAGAGAACACAAAUGGAGAUUUCCCCAGAUAGGCAUGAGGGUGAGGCUUGGCUCAAUUAGCUAGUCUCUUCAGUAUAUGGUUCUCAUUAGUAAUGUUAUUUAGGUUGUUGGGUGUUUUAUGUGAUUAUAUUUUAGGUGAUACUGUUAACGUGCAAGCCCAUACAGCGGGAUUUUGUUUUAGUUAGCAGCAUUAUACAUGAUUAACAUCUCUAUGACUUUUGCUUUGUGUGGCUC